CCAUGGCUUUAGGUCAUUAUCAUCAUCGUCACAACACGUGGGACAAUGGAACGAAAUUCUCGCUUCAGCUGCACGUCAGUCUUCAGCAAAGUGUCACCACAUUACAAAAUUCUCGCGUAGUCGCUAUGCAGUUGUCUCGCAAGGCAGGCGACCACAAUUCAUCGAGCCGUCAGAACCCGUGGUCGGGUGAGCCAGAAGAAAUUCGACUUCAUCGUGCGUGUCGUUGAAUCGCAAGGACAGGGAAUUAUUCCUCAAGCCCGUAAAGCAGCCACCUUUGAGUUCCACCAUCCGCCCCGAAAGAGGAAAUGCGACCGGGAGUUUGAUGUCGUCCGCGCCGGCGUUCCUCGAGGAAGAGCGGUCGCUAUGCGUCUACUCGGCGUCCUGGUUUGCUUCUUUCUGGUGUUCUCACCCGCGAUCCAUCGAGUGUGCGCCGAUUUCACACUCACCGUGCUGCACACGAAUGAUGUGCAUUCGCACAUUGAAGAGAGCACCAAGUACGGCGGCCUGUGCACCGGUCACCGUGCUGAUUGUGUAGGCGGCAUUGCCAGGAUAGCGACCAAGGUAAACGAGCUGAAGAAAACGUAUCCGAACACGAUUUUUGUGAAUGCUGGUGACUUUUUCCAAGGUACAGCUUGGUACACUGUGCUGAAAUCAGCAUUAGUGUCUGAAGUGAUGGUGGCAAUGGGCUACGACUACGCGUGUCUCGGGAACCACGAGUUCGACAAUGGGCCCAGCGAACUGGCUCCGUUUCUCCAAAAGGUGUCCCGUUCGCCUCUCAAGUUCGUCAGCUGCAACACUGACUUCUCUCGCUCGAGCAACUUGCGCCACAUCGAUGUGCCAAAGUCGGUGAUCACCACAAUGCAAGAUACCAAGGUUGGAAUCAUUGGCGCGGUGAUUGAGGACACAAAGUUCCUCUCAAACCCGGGACCAGUUAAGUUCUUCGACGCAGCUAAAUCGAUACAGAAGGAAGCAAGGGUGCUGAAGAACAUGGGCGCUAAGAUUAUAAUUGCGAUCACGCACAUAGGCUACCUGAAGGACAUUGAAUUGAUCCGAAACGUCACCGACGUGGACUUGGUCAUUGGUGGCCACACAAAUACCUUCCUCUACAAUGGGAAUGAUCACCCACCCGAGAACGUGCCCGCUGGUCCUUACCCAACGACAGUGAAGAGAAGUGACGGCACCACCGGUCUCGUCGUCCAAGCAUUCUGGUUCGGCAAAUUCCUGGGUUUCCUCAGGGUCACCUUCGAUGACGACGGGAGAGUGAAGUCCUGGUCAGGAAACCCAAUUCUGAUAAAUUCAUCAAUACCUGAAGACCCGCAUAUACUGAGGGUGAUCGAGCCGCACCGUGAGAGGGUGUACCACGCAAUGCGUAUUCGCGUGGGCAGCUCGAGGGUGUCCCUGGAGCAUGCCGAGGACGUUUGCCGGCUGCGCGAGUGCAACCUGGGUAAUCUUGUCGCCGACUCGUACUUCAAUUACUAUGCCAACAAGAAGCCGCGCUCGAGCAACGUCUGGUCGAAUGUGAAUGGGGCUAUCGUGAACGGCGGUAGCCUGCGCGCGCCCAUCCUCCGAACAGCGAGCGUCACGAUGGGAGACAUCUUGUCGGCACUGCCUUUCGGGCAGACAAUCGUCGUCGCAACUAUGAAUGGAAAGAGCCUGAAGAAAAUGAUGGAGUAUUCGAUGUCGAAUUACAACGUGUCUUCACCUGCGGGUUCCUUUCUUCACGUGUCGGGCAUGAAAGUUGAGUUCGAUGUGACACGGCCACCCAUGCAGCGACUUGUGCUACUGGAAAUCCUGUGUACCAGAUGCUACGUUCCCGUAUACGAAAAAGUACGGGAUGAUGCCGUGUACAAUGUUGCCACGACUGACUUCUUAGCCAAGGGCGGAGACGGCUUCGACGUGUGCACGAACGUCAGCGAAGGAGGUCCGAUUGAGUACGAGCUCCUUGUCGAUUACUUUAAACAGAUGUCGCCAAUCAAAGCUGGAAUAGAAAGGCGAGUCAUACUGCACGGAGUAAAAACCAAGGCAAGCGUGGAAGCGGAAAUGACAGACGAAAACCGCCAAUAAAGCUGUCUUGCAGCAAA